AUGGUGGGUGCCAGCGACGCAUGCUGGCGUCUUCUCGACUUUCCUGUGUCAAAGCUCGAGCCCACCGUUGACUGUCUUCCCGUGCAUUUAGAGGGCAAACAAAGUGUUGUCUUUCGGCCGAGACAGCUCUCUGAUGCAGUCACUCAAGCAAGCUCCAAGCUUAUGGUCUACUUCAAUCGCCCGCACCAUGAAACUUUUGACAAUGUCACGUACCAGACAUUUUACGAGAAGUUCAUGGUGCACACUAAGCGCCCACGUACUGCGGAAUUUUACGAACACCCCGAUGGCCAUCACUUUGUAACGACUCGCCAGCGUGGUGAGAAGGUAUGUAGGUUGAUGUGGGUCUCUCCCAACCGAGGAGAACAAUACUACCUUCGUAUUCUACUUAUGUCUACACCUUGCCGUGGUUACGUUGAUCUUCUGGCUCGUGGCGGUCCUGGUUGCCGGACGUUUCAGGACGUAGCCCGCAAUCUCGGCCUGGUGGAAGACGAAGAAGAAUACAAUCACGCGCUGCGCGAGGCAUCUACGUUUAUGACUGGACCUAGGCUCCGUUCCUUCUUCGUGAUCCUCUGCAACAUGGGAGCUCCCGCUGCUCUUCUGUGGGAGUCUUUCAAGAACAACCUUAGCGAGAAUCACUUAGAAAGGAACCCUCUCGACCCUGAACUGGCGGUGAAACUUACCUUGAUAGACAUCGAUCGGAGCCUCCGCCAGCAGGGAUCGUGCUUGAAAGAUCAUGGACUCCCCUACGUCGAGGAUGACACGACUGAGUUAGGUAGAGAGCUACACAACUACGGCGAGAACCUCCAGCGAACCAUCGUUGAGGACUGGGUGCCCAAACUCUCCCCAGACCAGCGCCGUGUGUUUGAGUACGUUCGCUCUCUGCUUCUCAACCCCCGUGACCGACGCACUUCUAGAAUCAUAUUUCUGGACGGUCCCAGGGGUUAUGGGAAGACCUCUCUGAUUCGUGUCAUCCUUGCGUAUGUCCGUGGUUGUCGACAGGUUGCACUCGCCGUGGCUAGCUCAGGGAUUGCUGCAAGGAACAUGGCUGGAGGAACAACAGCACAUAGCAUGUUCCGACUCCCUCUAGACCUAGGUCACGGCACAGGUGUGUGGAACAUCACCAACGGGUCCCAGCGAGCAGAACUCAUCAGAGCAGCACAGCUCAUUGUGUUUGAUGAGGCCCCGAUGGCACACCGCUACAUCUUCGAGAUGAUCGACAGAUCCCUCCGGGAUCUCAUGAAUAGUAGUGUGCCAUUCGGGAAUAAGAUCUUCAUCUGCUCCGGGGACUUCCGUCAGAUUGCGCCCGUCGUUGAGAAGGCUCGCACACCAGCUGAUGUCGCGUGCGUGUCACUUCGGGCGUCACAUCUGUGGCGACUGUUCACACUAUUUUCCCUGACGACACCCCAGAGAACUAGUGGUUCCAUUGACUACUCCAACUUCCUCCUUGGAGUAGGCAAUGGAACAAUAAAUCCUUUACUUUUUGGAGAAGGCCGCGAGAGAGAGUCUCUCAUUCCCCUCACUGGGGUGAGAUGCCUCACUUCUCUCGCGGACUUAAUAACGGAUGUGUUUCCUCCUGGUGUUCUGCGAGAUCCUGAUCUUUGUGCGAGACGGGCAAUACUCUCAACUCUGAAUGUGAACGUCAAGGAGAUCAACGGUCGCAUCCUAGACCUCAUGGACGGGCGCAUUCAUGAGUUGAGAAGCGCGGACACCGUGGACAGAGAAGACGACGACGGGCUGGAUGUGGACGUAAAUCUCCUCAACCAGGCCACUGGCAAAGGAGUGCCAGAUCACGUCCUGCGUCUCAAGGUCGGCUCCGUAUGCUUAAUCAUGAGAAACUUAAAUAUCGGUGAUGGACUCGUGAACGGCACCAAAGUCAUUGUGACGGCGAUCAGCAGCCGACUGAUCACCGUCAGACUUAUCGGCAACACGCAACCUAUCGGAAUUCCCCGGAUUACGUUCAGGUUCGCGUUUGCCGAAGGAUCGCCGCUCCGGGUUUGUCGCCGUCAGUUCCCCCUCAUGUUGGCGUACUGCAUGACUGGUCACAAGAGCCAAGGCCAGACAAUUGAGUACGUCGGAGUCGACCUGAGAACGGACUGCUUCACUCAUGGCCAGCUCUACGUCCUGUUGAGCAGAGUGAGACGUCCAGACGACAUCGUCGUUCUUGUACCAGACGACAGAAUAGUAGAAGGAGUCGCCUAUGCAAAGAAUAUUGUAUAUGACGAGCUCCUUCUAAACACUGAUUAA